AGUCGGAAGAGAGAGCUUGCUGUCGCAACCAAAUACCAAUUCGCCUUCUCAACUUCUCGUUCUCGGCCCUUUUCCCUCCUAGCCUCCAUCAACUUCGUCUUCUACUCUUCUCCCGCCGCCAUUGCCGCUCCGGCCAUCCAGCACCAGCAGUGAUCUUUCCACCGGCGUCGGUAAUGAUUUAUGAGGUUGUCUCAUUUCCUUAAUUAUGUCGAGAUUGUCAUUUCGAUUACCAAAAUACUAUUUCAAUAAAUAAGUAUUUCCUCACCCUCUUCCAGGGAAUAAGAAGAGCUAAUGAUGAGUCACUAAGACAUAAGCGGCCUUUCGGAGAUCUCAAGGGCGUUACCCCUUGGUGUUUCCGAUGAUGCUUCACCAUUAAAGAGUGCAGCUUUUCCCUUCUGCGGAACAAGGGGAGACAUUAGAGAAAAGCUCGAAGCUAAUCAAAUUGAUUGAUUGAAGCAAAGGUCAACAAGUAAAGAUGGCGAGUUUAUCGUCAGCUCAAUAUCGUUCCUACUCCUCUAAUUCCUUCCGGCAAUCCUCGUCUAACGGCCAGCGACAUAAUCAUCGGCUUCUCAGCUUCUGUUCUCCAAUUCCUAGGAGGUCUCCUCCAGUUGUGCUCUGCUUGCAGCAAUCUCAGGGCAAUUCUCGACCUAAUGUGGUCUUAAUGCAAGAUGGUGCUGUGGCAACUCCUGUAAAUCUAGCACAAAAAAAGGAAGAAACCGUCAAGAAAUUGGAGGAUGGGUUGCUUUCUUCUUCAGGAAUCUCUACUGAGGAAUUGAAAGAGGCAGCUGGUUUUGAUGUUAACGAGAACGAGUCUUCUGUUAGUAUUACUGUGGUUGGAGCCUCUGGGGAUCUGGCUAAAAAGAAGAUCUUUCCUGCACUUUUCGCCCUUUACUACGAGGGUUGCCUUCCAAAGCAUUUUACGGUGUUUGGUUAUGCUCGUAGCAAGAUGACUGAUGCUGAGCUCAGGAACAUGGUUAGCAAAACCCUAACUUGCAGAAUUGACCAAAGGGAGAAUUGUGGAGAAAAGAUAGAUCAAUUUCUUAAGAGGUGCUUUUAUCAUUCAGGUCAAUACGAUUCCCAAGAACAUUUUGCAGCCCUCGACAAAAAGCUUAAAGAGCAUGAGGGUGGUCGAGAGUCAAAUCGGCUGUUUUAUCUGUCGAUUCCCCCAAACAUAUUCAUAGAUGCAGUAAAAUGUGCUAGCUCCUCAGCUUCUGCAGCCAGUGGGUGGACUAGGGUCAUUGUCGAGAAGCCCUUUGGUCGAGACUCGGAAUCAUCAGCUGCUUUGACCAAAGCCCUCAAGCAAUACCUAACUGAGGAUCAAAUAUUCAGGAUAGACCACUACCUGGGGAAGGAACUGGUGGAAAACCUAUCAGUUCUCCGGUUCUCUAAUCUCAUUUUCGAACCAUUGUGGUCAAGACAGUAUAUAAGAAACGUUCAGUUGAUAUUCUCUGAAGAUUUUGGCACUGAAGGGCGUGGAGGGUACUUUGACAAUUAUGGGAUAAUAAGGGACAUAAUGCAGAACCAUUUGCUUCAGAUACUUGCACUCUUUGCCAUGGAAACUCCUGUUAGCUUGGAUGCUGAGGACAUCAGAAAUGAGAAGGUCAAAGUGCUGAGAUCAAUGAGGACUUUGAGGCUCGAAGAUGUUGUGAUUGGGCAGUACAAGAGUCAUACGAGAGGGGGAGUUACUCACCCUGGAUAUACCGAUGACAAGACAGUGCCAAAAGACAGUGUGACUCCAACGUUUGCUGCAGCUGCCCUUUUCAUUGAUAAUCCUAGAUGGGAUGGAGUUCCUUUUCUGAUGAAAGCUGGAAAGGCAUUACAUAGCAAGGGGGCUGAGAUUAGAGUACAGUUCAGACAUGUGCCUGGCAACUUGUACAAUCGAAAUAUUGGAACGGAUCUUGAUCAAGCCACGAACGAGCUUGUGAUUCGAGUGCAGCCAGAUGAAGCAAUCUACCUGAAAAUCAAUAAUAAGGUACCUGGACUUGGGAUGAGACUGGACCGUAGCAAUCUGAAUCUUCUAUAUUCAACAAGGUACUCGAAGGAGAUUCCAGAUGCAUACGAGAGGCUUCUUCUUGACGCUAUCGAAGGGGAAAGACGACUGUUUAUUAGAAGCGAUGAACUUGAUGCUGCCUGGUCACUUUUCACGCCAGUUCUGAAGGAACUAGAAGAGAAGAGGACCAUCCCGGAGUACUAUCCAUAUGGAAGCCGGGGACCGGUUGGGGCUCACUACUUGGCAGCAAGAUACAAAGUGAGGUGGGGUGAUCUUGGCAUAGAGCAGUAGGCAAACGUGUCCUAAUGUGUUGUGUACUGGUUAUGAAGGAUAUUGGUUUUUGAUAGAGAAAUCAGUUUUGUUAUGUAUGCAAAGCAAAAAAAGAUUUAGGAUUGGAAAACAUUGAGGAAAUAUUGUUGUCUCAUUGUUAGUUAAAUCCUGAUUUUACAGGUCCUUCCUUCCUAUGUAGAUUUUCACUGCAACAAAUAAUUAGUGACAACAGAUUUGCUCCUUGCUUAUGUUAUCCGCAACAUCAUUGAAAGAUAUCCAAAAAUGCUGUGAGCAGAACUUAUUUCAAAAUCGUAUCACUUUGUUUUGAGAAAAAUGCAGCAGCAAGUUUGCAGGCCCUCACUUGGUGAAAGAAACAGAAAUAUACUACGAGCCAAUCAUAGUUUCAACAUUGUUCGACAUCAACAUCAGACGAUUAUGCUUUGAUUCCCCAAAUUCUUUCUCUCAACUAGAGGUUUCUAUUAGGCUCCUUAAACAAACAGAGCACGUGCAUGCAUUACAAACAGUCCCCUUCUGAGGCUAUUUCAUCCAAUUGUUCGGCAAAAGGUUUGCUAGAUCUACAUCUUUUGCUGGUCCAAACAAACCACACCUAACUUGUAGUGCUCCACCACUUACUUCUGUCACUAUUUCUUCUUUGUUGUCCCUUCCAUCUCUCUUUUUCCUAAUUAACAAAGCACUGAAAAGAAUCAAGAUCUGGAAAAAAGGGAAAUGAAAUCAAACACUUCCCCCACUACCAAAUGCCCUGCUUAUAACUUUUGAGAAAACAUUCCUUUUGCAACCCCUUUAUAAUAAAGUCCACAACUUCACCCCAAACCCAUCUCAAAUUUUCCUCAACAAGAUGCAGAAGGGUGGUGGUAGAAGAGGAAGUUUCAUGGCAGUGGAGAUUCUACUGGUUUUUCUUAUUUUCAUGGCUGCCAAUGCAAUCACAGGCGAGGCAGUGUUUGGAAUUGACAUGAAUCCAUGCACGCUCACAACUUGCACAGAAGCCUGCAAGAAUGUUUUGGCUGAUAAGUUUGACAGUGCCUCUUGCUACCAAGGGAUCAUGUGUAUGUGCUUUGGUUGAUGGUUUCCAGUGAGAUUCCAAGUCCAUAUGUUGUAUGUAUGUAUAUACAAAGUUGGUUCUUUAAAGGAAAGGGGGACUUUUUCUGUCUGUUUGGUGUGUUGUGAUUUGUGAAUGACGAAACUUGUACUGGGAAGAAUCUUCUCAGAGUUUCAGCAGGGAGAUAUGCAAAUAUGCUUUCAUGGCGGAUCUUAGAUGUCCAACUGCAUGAUGUAUUGUGUACGGACUUUGAACCUGCUAUGAAAGAAAGUAGAUUUUGUCCUUUUAGAUUCUUCUCCUGUUUUUUAAGUAUCCCAGAACCCACCUGUUUAGGCCUGGUUCGUACCAGGCGGUUUUGUGAGGCUUCAUUGGCUUCGUGUGGCCCUUCGUAGGUGAGAGGCGGUCCUCGAAGUCCUGCAAGAAAGGUCCACAGGGGGUUUCCUGGGACCUCCUCCGAUGCUAAAGUUAGAGAGAGAAGUGGAUGUGGAGUAAAUAAGAGAGAGAAUGUAGUCGAUAGGAGUUACCAUAAAUGUGGCCUCUCAAUGGGUAUUUAUACUAGUCUCGGCUCGGCCGUGCACAUUUAAUGCAUUGUCGGGCGGUCUAAGGCGCCUCUGGCUUUGAUAACGUCUUUCUGUCAGAUUCUGUGUCGUGAAGCCAGAGUGUCGGGCGCCCUUUGGGCGCCGCCCUGCUCAUAUGUCGGGCGGUCUCAUUGUAUGGACCCUGAGACCGCUCUCGCCCACUCUCUGAUUUGGGCCUUAUUCGUUCUUACAUGGGCUUUGGGCUCACGGGCUGCGUGUCUCUCUACUAGGCCCAACACCACCCAUUUGAAGAAGGUCCAUAGUGAUCUGUUCCUGAAAGUUGUCUGCUUUCUUCAGUUUCCAUUCCAUAACUGAAGAAACAGAAAGACCAAAG